GGGGGGGCCGCACUGCGCGAGCCGUUGGGCCUGACUCCGAGAAGGCGUCGCCGCCGCCACACUGCCGCCGUCGCUGCCGCCAGUUCAUAAAUACGGAGCGGGAACGAGCUCAGCGUGGCGAUGGGCGGGGGUAGAGCCCGGCCGGAGAGGCUGGGCGGCCGCCGGUGACAGACGAUACUGUAUCCGAGGAGCCUCCUGCAUGUCCUGCUGCCCUGAGCUCGCUCAAGCUAGGUGACAGCGUGUGAAUGCUGCCACCAUGAAUGAGGUAUCUGUCAUCAAAGAAGGCUGGCUCCACAAACGUGGUGAAUACAUCAAAACCUGGAGGCCCCGGUACUUCCUUCUGAAGAGUGAUGGAUCUUUCAUUGGGUAUAAGGAGAGGCCCGAGGCCCCUGACCAGACAUUACCCCCCCUGAACAAUUUCUCUGUAGCAGAAUGUCAGCUGAUGAAGACUGAGAGGCCACGACCCAACACCUUUGUCAUACGCUGCCUACAGUGGACCACAGUCAUAGAGAGGACCUUCCAUGUAGACUCUCCAGAUGAGAGGGAAGAGUGGAUGCGGGCUAUCCAGAUGGUCGCCAAUAGUCUGAAGCAGCGGGGCCCAGGUGAAGACGCCAUGGAUUACAAGUGUGGCUCCCCCAGUGACUCUUCCACAUCUGAGAUGAUGGAGGUAGCUGUCAACAAGGCACGGGCCAAAGUGACCAUGAAUGACUUCGAUUAUCUCAAACUCCUCGGCAAGGGCACCUUCGGCAAAGUCAUUCUGGUUCGAGAGAAGGCCACUGGUCGCUAUUAUGCCAUGAAGAUCCUGCGGAAGGAGGUCAUCAUUGCAAAGGAUGAAGUCGCCCACACAGUCACAGAGAGUCGCGUUCUGCAGAAUACCAGGCACCCCUUCCUUACAGCCCUCAAGUAUGCCUUCCAGACCCAUGACCGCCUGUGCUUUGUGAUGGAGUAUGCCAACGGGGGUGAGCUGUUUUUCCACCUCUCUCGGGAGCGGGUCUUCACGGAGGACCGGGCGCGCUUUUACGGAGCGGAGAUUGUGUCAGCUCUGGAGUAUUUGCACUCAAGGGAUGUGGUGUACCGCGACAUCAAGCUGGAAAACCUUAUGUUGGACAAAGAUGGCCACAUCAAGAUCACUGACUUUGGCUUGUGCAAAGAGGGCAUCAGUGAUGGAGCCACCAUGAAAACCUUCUGUGGUACCCCGGAGUACUUGGCGCCUGAGGUGCUAGAAGACAAUGACUACGGGCGCGCAGUGGACUGGUGGGGGCUGGGUGUGGUCAUGUACGAGAUGAUGUGCGGCCGCCUGCCCUUCUACAACCAGGACCACGAGCGCCUCUUCGAGCUCAUCCUUAUGGAGGAGAUCCGCUUCCCACGCACGCUCGGGCCAGAGGCUAAGUCCCUGCUGGCUGGGCUGCUGAAGAAGGACCCUAAGCAGAGGCUCGGUGGAGGUCCCAGUGAUGCAAAGGAGGUCAUGGAGCAUAGAUUCUUCCUCAGCAUCAACUGGCAGGAUGUGGUACAGAAAAAGCUCCUGCCACCCUUCAAACCUCAGGUCACUUCAGAAGUGGACACAAGGUACUUCGAUGACGAAUUCACCGCCCAGUCCAUCACAAUCACACCCCCAGACCGAUAUGACAGCCUGGGCUCGCUGGAACUGGACCAGCGGACGCACUUCCCCCAGUUCUCCUACUCAGCCAGCAUCCGAGAGUGAGCAGCCCUCUGCCACCACAGGACACAAGCAUGGCCGUCAUCCACUGCCUGGGUGGCUUUUUAAAAAAAAAAACAACUUUAUUUUGCCUUUUGGUUUGUGUUGCCUUCCCUGUCCCCUCAUCCCAAAUCCAGUUUCUUCUUCAGUUCUUGCUCAGACUUAGCGGUCCUGGCGGCCUCUCCUCCNGCCUCCCCUCUGUUCCAGAUGAGUGCUGGGACCUGCCCAAGGACAGGCUGUUGGGAGGAUGGAGAGUGAGGUCAUUAAUCACCACCAGCCUCCAAGAGGGUGAAGUGGGGAGCCAUGGGGUCACCUGGAUUUGGAGGCACGCCAGCGAAGAACACAUCUAGAAGCUUCCCCCACCCCCAGCACCUCAGCUGCCCUCCAUGCUGUCCUCUGGGCAGUCUGUCUGCUGCCACCCCACCUGGGGCACAAGAGCAGUCAUGUCCAGGGACAGGCAGAAGCCUUUGGAGGCUGAGGGGGUCUGGGUUUGUGUCCAUUCCUNUUCCUCCCAUGCUGCUCACUUGAUUCUCAAUAAAGCAGGAGGAGUGUCUGGGGGCGGUGGGGACGGUCCUCCUGCCCCCAGCCCAGUGCCUUACCAGGGCUUCCUUCUGGCCAGCCUUGCCUCCCGCUGGGCCCNUUUGNAUGGCUCCNNUCNCUGCCUNGGGCAGAGGGAAGCCAACCUUGGCUGUUACACAUCUCACACCAAGACAGUAUUGGGCCCCUUGGACUUGACUGGGGUCUGAGUGGGGACAGAGAUGGGGACAGGUGUCUCUGAUACACAGUGGGGUGGAGUCUGCCUCAUCUCCAGGGCUCCUGUUCUGGAGCCUUAAAGUGAAUGUUUGAGUUAGAGUUGUGUCGGUGUCAGUGCUGUGGGUGGAGGUGUGCACCCU